GGUGGCCAAUGAAAUCGGGCCAUCAGGACUAGAGUUGGAGGAGCGGCGGUGGCUAAGGUAACAGUUACUCUGUCUUCAGCAAGCAAGUUGAGACUGAAUUCUGGAAUUUGUUUUCUCUGCCACGUGUCAAUAAUAAGGAAGAACUUAUAUUAAAUGGAAGAUAAGUAAAGGGUCCUCCAACUGGCCUGCUGGUUUGGGUCUGGCAGAGAGCUGUCUUCAGCACCUCAUCAUGUAUCUGCUUUUUGUUGUUUAGACAAGCCUGGACAUUUCUGUACACACAAUCCUCAGCUAUAUCAGAAGAAGAAAUUCAGGUGAAGAAAAUCAUGCCUUUGUUCAGUAAAUCGCACAAAAAUCCUGCUGAGAUUGUAAAAACUCUGAAAGAAAACAUGGCCAUAUUGGAAAAGCAAGAUAAAAAAACAGACAAGGCAUCAGAAGAAGUGUCAAAAUCACUGCAAGCAAUGAAGGAAAUUCUGUGUGGUACUAGUGACAAGGAGCCGCCUACGGAAACAGUGGCUCAACUGGCACAAGAAUUAUACAACAGUGGCCUGCUAGUGACACUUAUAGCCAACUUGCAGCUGAUAGAUUUCGAGGGCAAAAAGGAUGUGUCCCAGAUAUUUAAUAACAUCUUGAGAAGACAAAUUGGCACUCGAAGCCCUACUGUGGAAUACAUUAGUGCCCAUCCACAUAUCCUAUUUAUGCUUCUAAAAGGGUACGAAGCACCACAUAUUGCCUUACGCUGUGGAAUUAUGCUGAGAGAAUGUAUCCGGCAUGAGCCACUUGCCAAAAUCAUCCUUUUCUCAGAACAGUUCAGAGACUUUUUCAAAUAUGUGGAAAUGUCAACGUUUGACAUCGCUUCUGAUGCCUUUGCUACAUUUAAGGACCUGCUAACAAGACACAAAUUGUUGGUAGCAGAUUUCCUAGAACAAAAUUAUGACACAAUCUUUGAGGACUAUGAAAAACUGCUUCAUUCUGAGAAUUAUGUCACAAAGAGACAAUCUUUAAAGCUGCUGGGUGAACUGAUUCUGGACCGACACAACUUUGCCAUCAUGACAAAAUACAUCAGCAAACCAGAGAACCUGAAGCUAAUGAUGAACCUGCUGCGAGAUAAAAGCCCCAACAUUCAGUUUGAGGCAUUCCAUGUGUUCAAGGUAUUUGUGGCCAGUCCAAACAAAACGCAGCCUAUCGUGGAGAUUCUAUUGAAAAACCAACCCAAGCUAAUUGAGUUUCUGAGCAAUUUCCAGAAAGAGAGGACAGAUGAUGAACAGUUCACCGAUGAGAAGAACUACUUGAUUAAACAGAUCCGAGACUUGAAAAAGCCAACACCAUGAAGAUCUCCCCUAAUUUCCCAUCAUAGGCAUUAAAUCAUAUUUGUUCAGUUCCUCCCACGUGUCAUUUAACAACACAAUAGCGCUUGAGAAGUGCCUGUUUUAGUUUGAUUCUUUGUUCACAUAGAUGUCAAGAGUAUAAAGGUCU